UGUGAGGCCGGAGCGCUGGGGCCAGGCGCGCAGGUCCCUGGCCUGAGCCCCAUCUCCCGGGAGUUUCCUCCGCAGCGCCCCGCGCCUCCCACGCAGGAGUUCUAGCGAGUGCCCCGGCUUGUCCCCGCGCCCCAGCCGAAUCCUCUACCCAGCAUGUAAAGUCGCCCGUCCCUCCUUGGACUUUGCGGAGCCAUCAACUUUCCUUUCCCACCGCGUGGACCAGACAGCGCGCAGCACUGCCGCCAGCCGGGGGUCCCACCGACCACCAUGAACGACGAGAGCCGCGCGGACGGCCGCUCGGAGAGCGCCAAGGACCAGGAGAAGCAGCUUCGCCUGCGCGUGUGUGUGCUCAGCGAGCUCCAGAAGACGGAGCGGGACUACGUGGGAACCCUGGAGUUCCUGGUGUCGGCAUUCUUACACCGAAUGAACCAGUGGGCAGCAUCAAAAGUUGACAAAAAUGUCACAGAGGAAACAGUGAAGAUACUGUUCUCAAACAUUGAAGAUAUCCUUGCAGUACAUAAGGAAUUCUUACAAGUUGUGGAAGAAUGCUUACAUCCUGAACCUAGUGCUCAGCAAGAAGUGGGAACCUGCUUUCUUCACUUUCAAGCAUGUCCUCAGAAAGACAAGUUCCGUAUCUAUGAUGAAUAUUGCAGUAACCAUGAAAAGGCACAAAAAUUGCUUCUUGAACUUAACAAAAUUAGAACCAUCCGGACAUUCCUUUUGAACUGCAUGCUGCUCGGAGGACGGAAGAACACAGAUGUCCCCCUGGAGGGGUACUUGGUGACGCCAAUACAAAGAAUAUGCAAGUACCCUCUUCUUUUAAAGGAGUUGCUGAAGCGGACUCCAAGGAAACACAGUGACUAUGCAGCGGUGAUGGAAGCCCUCCAAGCCAUGAAAGCCGUCUGUUCCAACAUAAAUGAGGCCAAGAGACAGAUGGAGAAGUUAGAAGUUUUAGAGGAAUGGCAGUCUCACAUAGAAGGCUGGGAGGGGUCCAACAUCACCGACACCUGCACUGAAAUGCUCAUGUGUGGAGUCCUGUUGAAGAUUUCUUCUGGGAAUAUUCAAGAACGGGUGUUUUUCCUUUUCGACAAUCUUUUGGUGUAUUGCAAAAGAAAACACAGACGGUUGAAGAACAGCAAGACAUCUACAGAUGGACAUCGAUACCUUUUUCGUGGCCGGAUCAAUACUGAGGUGAUGGAGGUGGAGAAUGUGGACGAUGGCACAGCCGACUUCCAUAGCAGUGGACACAUUGUGGUUAAUGGAUGGAAGAUACAUAACACAGCAAAAAACAAGUGGUUUGUGUGUAUGGCAAAAACACCCGAAGAGAAACAUGAAUGGUUAGAAGCUAUUUUAAAAGAAAGAGAAAGACGAAAAAGUUUAAAAUUAGGAAUGGAGCAAGACACCUGGGUAAUGAUCUCUGAACAGGGUGAGAAACUUUAUAAAAUGAUGUGCAAACAAGGAAAUCUGAUCAAAGACAGAAAAAGAAAACUGACUACGUUCCCUAAAUGCUUUCUUGGAAGUGAAUUUGUGUCAUGGCUGUUGGAAAUUGGAGAGAUUCACAGGCCUGAAGAAGGUGUUCACUUGGGGCAAGCAUUAUUAGAAAAUGGAAUUAUACACCAUGUUACUGAUAAACAUCAAUUCAAACCAGAACAGAUGUUAUAUAGGUUUCGUUAUGAUGAUGGAACAUUUUAUCCAAGAAAUGAGAUGCAGGACGUGAUUUCAAAGGGUGUACGAUUAUAUUGCCGUCUUCAUAGUUUAUUUACUCCAGUGAUAAGAGAUAAAGAUUACCAUUUAAGGACCUACAAAUCUGUAGUCAUGGCCAACAAACUGAUAGACUGGUUAAUUGCUCAGGGGGAUUGCCGUACCAGAGAAGAGGCAAUGAUAUUUGGCGUUGGACUCUGUGACAACGGAUUUAUGCACCAUGUCCUUGAAAAAAGUGAAUUCAAAGACGAACCUCUACUUUUCCGUUUUUUUGCGGAUGAGGAAAUGGAAGGGUCCAAUAUGAAACAUCGACUUAUGAAACAUGAUUUAAAAGUUGUGGAAAAUGUUAUAGCUAAAUCACUAUUGAUUAAAUCCAAUGAAGGCAGCUAUGGUUUUGGGUUAGAAGACAAAAAUAAAGUUCCAAUAAUUAAGUUGGUAGAAAAGGGGUCUAAUGCUGAGAUGGCUGGCAUGGAAGUUGGGAAAAAAAUUUUUGCUAUUAAUGGUGACCUAGUUUUUAUGAGACCUUUCAAUGAAGUGGACUGCUUCCUGAAAUCAUGCUUAAACAGCAGAAAGCCUCUAAGAGUUCUUGUGAGCACAAAGCCAAGGGAGACAGUGAAAAUCCCAGAUUCAGCUGAGGGGCUUGGAUUCCAGAUCCGGGGAUAUGGCCCGUCCGUUGUGCAUGCGGUAGGAAGAGGAACUGUGGCCGCAGCAGCCGGUCUUCACCCUGGACAGUGCAUUAUCAAAGUCAACGGGAUCAAUGUCAGCAAAGAGACGCAUGCCAGUGUCAUCGCGCAUGUCACAGCCUGCAGGAAGUACAGGAGGCCAAUGAAGCAAGAUUCCAUACAAUGGGUUUAUAACAGCCUUGAGAGUGCUCAAGAAGACCUUCAAAAAUCUAACUCCAAAUCCCCUGGAGAUGAAGCAGGCGAUGCUUUUGACUGCAAAGUGGAAGAAGUAAUUGACAAGUUCAACACCAUGGCCAUCAUCGACGGGAAGAAGGAGCACGUGAGUCUGACGGUGGAUAACGUGCACCUGGAGUACGGGGUCGUGUAUGAGUACGACAGCACUGCUGGGAUCAAGUGCAAUGUGGUGGAGAAGAUGAUUGAGCCCAAGGGUUUCUUCAGCCUCACUGCUAAGAUUCUUGAAGCCCUGGCUAAAAGCGAUGAACAUUUUGUACAAAACUGCACCAGCCUUAACUCUUUAAAUGAGGUGAUUCCCGCUGACCUUCAGAGUAAAUUCAGUGCCAUUUGCAGUGAAAAAGUUGAGCACAUAUGUCAGAGAAUAUCCAGUUAUAAAAAGUUUUCUCGUGUACUAAAGAACAGAGCUUGGCCCACCUUUAAACAAGCCAAAUCUAAAAUAUCUCCACUGCACAGCAGUGAUUUCUGCCCUACCAACUGCCAUGUCAAUGUAAUGGAAGUUUCUUAUCCCAAAACAUCGACCUCCCUGGGGAGUGCUUUUGGUGUUCAGCUGGAUAAUAGGAAGCACAAUGCUCACGAUAAAGAAAACAAAUCUGAGCAAGGGAAGCUGAGCCCUAUGGUGUAUAUUCAGCACACCAUCACAACCAUGGCAGCCCCCUCAGGCUUGUCUCUGUCACAGCAGGAUGGGCACGGGCUCCGGUAUUUGUUAAAAGAAGAAGACUUAGAAACCCAAGAUAUCUAUCAGAAACUGCUGGGCAAACUUCAGACUGCACUGAAAGAGGUGGAGAUGUGUGUGUGUCAAAUAGAUGACCUUCUGUCUUCGAUAAUGUAUUCUCCUAAAUUAGAACGUAAGACAUCUGAAUGCAUAGCACCGCCAGACAGUGACAACGAGAAGGGGGAAAGGAACAGCAAGCGAGUCUGUUUCAAUGUGGCAGGAGACGAGCAGGAAGAUUCAGGCCAUGACACCAUCAGCAACAGAGACUCGUACAGCGACUGCAACAGCAACAGGAAUUCCAUCGCCUCCUUCACAAGCAUUUGCAGCAGCCAGUGCAGCUCGUAUUUUCACAGCGAUGACAUGGACUCAGGUGAUGAACUUCCACUAAGUGUUCGCAUUUCUCAUGAAAAACAGGACAAGAUACAUAGUUGCCUUGAGCAUCUUUUCAGCCAGGUGGAUUCGAUUACCAAUCUUCUAAAAGGACGAGCUGUGGUCAGAGCCUUUGAGCAAACCAAGCACCUUACCCCAGGCCGAGGAUUACAGGAAUUUCAGCAGGAAAUGGAACCAAAGCUGAGUUGUCCAAAAAGAUUAAGGCUUCACAUCAAGCAGGAUCCUUGGAAUCUUCCCAGCAGCGUCCGGAAUCUUGCUCAGAACCUCAGAAAAUUUGUUGAAGAAGUGAAGUGUAGAAUACUUCUGGCACUUCUUGAAUAUUCAGACAGUGAGCCACAGCUCCGGAGAGACGUGGUUUUCUGCCAGAGUCUCGUGGCCACCGUCUGCGCCUUCUCUGAGCAGCUCAUGGCAGCCUUGAACCAGAUGUUCGACAACAGCAGAGAGCACGAGAUGGAGACGUGGGAAGCCAGCAGGCGGUGGCUGGAGCAGAUCGCUAACGCGGGCGUUCUUUUCCACUUCCAGUCACUUCUGUCACCAAACUUGACAGAUGAACAGGCCAUGCUAGAAGAUACACUGGUUGCACUAUUUGAUUUGGAAAAGGUCUCUUUUUAUUUUAAACCAUCAAAAGAAGAACCACUGGUUGCAAACGUCCCUCUUACAUAUCAAGUGGAAGGAAGCCGGCAAGCUCUGAAGGUUUACUUCUACAUCGAUGCUUACCAUUUUGAACAACUGCCACAACGGCUGAAGAAUGGAGGAGGGUUCAAAAUUCACCCUGUGCUUUUUGCUCAAGCACUGGAGAGCAUGGAAGGAUAUUAUUAUAAAGACAAUGUUUCAGUGGAAGAAUUUCAAGCUCAAAUAAAUGCAGCCUCAUUGGAAAAGGUCAAACAAUACAACCAGAAGCUCAGAGCAUUCUACUUGGACAAGUCAAAUUCACCACCCAAUUCCACAUCCAAGGCUGCCUACAUUGAUAAGCUCAUGAGGCCUCUCAAUGCCUUGGAUGAACUUUAUCGCCUGGUAGCUUCAUUUAUCAGAUCCAAGCGCACAGCCACCUGUGCAAACACGGCGUGCAGCGCCUCGGGCGUGGGGCUGCUGUCGGUGUCAUCGGAGCUGUGCAGCAGGCUGGGGGCGUGCCACGUCAUCAUGUGCAACAGCGGCGUGCACCGGUGCACCCUGAGCGUGACAGUGGAGCAGGCCAUCAUUCUGGCCAGAAGCCACGGACUGCCUCCUCGCUACAUUAUGCAGGCUACAGACGUGAUGCGGAAGCAGGGAGCAAGAGUUCAGAAUACCGCAAAGAAUCUGGGAGUCAGAGACAGAACCCCGCAGUCCGCUCCCAGGCUGUACAAGCUGUGCCAGCCGCCUCCCCCUGUUGGAGAGGAAUGAAGAGAACCUCGAGGAACCAGGCAAGCAGAGGCUUCUGAACACUGGACUAGACAAAGGACUGGCGGGCCAAACAUUCUCCACGCUAUAUGAAAAAAGAAUUUUUUCUCUAAAUCUUUCACCAUGGUGUAAAUAACUAAUGAUCAGCCUGUACUUAGAUACUUCUGCUGAAAAUGGAUAGACCUUCAUUCGCAACCUGGUCUCUCUCUGUAUUGACACAAACUAAUUUUUAGGGUAAAAUCUAUCCCGGAAAAUUAGGGAAAAAAUACCAGAGAAAAAAUUUAUUAUCGUGCCUCUUCUACCAUUUAUUGAAAUUAUGUUAUUGCAUUUGGUUUUGUCUUCUCCCAGUAGGACCCGUAAUAAUGGAUCUUUCCAUUUAAGGAAGCCCGUCCCUGAAGAAACGUGGCCGCAUUUUCUCAGACAUACAGAAACACUACAGAAGCCACAGCUGGUGUCCUCGGUUCUCAGUUCCUCUGUAUCAGAGAAAGUGGUCUCUGUGUCAAAGGCAAAGAGCUUGCUUUCUUCUCUGGAAGAGUGUUUUUGUCAGUAGAGGAGAAGAGAGUGAUUGAGGCCUCUGUCAAGACCCUCUUCCUGCUGCUUCCAGGUUUCUUUGUGCUCCUGGAAGGUCCCAGGGGUCCCUGCUGUCUGCUGGUCUUUGAAGUGGAUGUGGCUGUCUUGGGCCAUGUGGGCAGAUGCUGUGUCAAAUGUGGCAGGGGGUGGGAAGAGGCAGGGACUGGGGAGGUGGGAAGGAAGAUGAGGGAAAAAAAGGGAAAAAAUGAGUUCAUUUAAAAACUCAACCUUAAACUUAAAAAAUAUACUUUCUAAAACUCUUAAUUUUAUUAAGGCUUUCUUAUAUGUCAGACUCUUAACAGAAUACACCAUGCCCAGAAUUUUUCUAUCAUGGUGUAUAUGUUAGGUAUGAAAAUAAAGCUUUAUUUGUUGCAUUUUAGAAGGACUAUUAGAGACCUUGGUAAUCCAUGGGAGCACAAGGCAUAUUCUAUGCAUAGUGUUUAUCAUUUCUACAUUGAUAAAACAACAUUGUUCUUAGCAUAGUGAAUACAGUAAUGCUGAGCUCAAAUUCAUAAUUUUCAAAAUAUUAAAAUGUCCAUAUUGUGACUGUUAUAAUUUUAUGAACUCAGACUAAUUUAGUAUGUGAAAUGCUUUUCAUAACUAAAGUAUAUACAAACCAUUAUUAAAUUUUAAUUUAUAAAAUUUGUUUAUGGUUUUCAAGCUAUCAUUAAAAACCUUCAUGGCUAGCAGUUGUGUAUUGAAUAACAAAAAUACUGGGUUUACAUAUGAGAUGUAUGAGAUAUUUAUAUACUGGCCAAGGUAAUAAUUAUUGUUAUUUGGCACAAAAGAUCUUAAAACUUUUGCAAUAAGUUCAUAUGUUUAAUAAAAAAUAAAGAAACUAACAUCAGAGUUUUCAAAGAAAAAGUUGAAUACUUUGUAUUAAUCAGAUGACUUUAACUUAAAUAUCUAUAUUAAGUAUAUCCUUUACUUUUAGGGACUUUACAUUCUCAAUACUAUCAGCAAGUAAUCCUAAAGUUCCAUGAUAUUAGUAAAUUGUGAUUUUCCCAUACUGAAAAUUUGAUUAUAUUCCAUAUAAUCAAGAGUUGAUAAGUGAGCAAAACUGAUUAACUAGCAGGUACUUUUCAUAUUGUCAUUAGUGUUUUCUAACCAUGAUCCUGGAAGCAGUAAUCUCUCAGAGGGAUGAAGGGGUCAUUUAAACAUUUUGGUGACACUUUGCUAUGUUCCAGGGGGGAAAUUAUCUUCUAUGGUGAUAUGUAUACAUUAGGAUGUUUUUAAAGACCUACACUUUUUGUAAUAUAAUGUUUUUACUAUUAUUUUAAGGGUUAAACAUAGUAUAAGCUUAGCAUCUACUUUAAUAAGUGCUUGGCAUUUGUUAAAUGCUCCAAAGUUAGUAAUGGCUUAUAUUAUCAUUAGUCACUGUCAUGUUUUGUUAUAAUAAACAUUGUAUAAAACAGAUAAGUUUUAACACUAUGUGCCAAGCAAAACAUCCCAGUGCUUUACCUGCACUUUGUUGUUACUGCUUCACUCAUCCUUAUAAUGACGACCUGAGGUGGUACUUGCUUCAUAACCCCCUCUACACAGUUGAGGAACUGGAGCAGACAAUGGCGCAGUGACUGGCCCAAGACUAUGAGACUGACAAGUGGUAGAACCAGGAUUUGAACCCAGGAAGUCUGCUUCUUAUUACCAUCAGAACUGUUGUAAUGUUACCAAUUACUUGUUACUAAAGUAGGAGUUACAUGAAGUGUAUUGCCAUUAAAUUAUACAUCUUAUAUUGAGAAAAAAGGUGAAUGAAAAUUUGUAAAAUACCUUUAAUAUAUGAAAAUCUUAAGAUUGCCAGGACAUUUAAACAUUCUGAAUACACAUUUUGAGGUAACUCAAUGCUGUUGCAAUAUGAAAAGAAAAUAUUCCUCAAAUUGAAGGUAACAGUUUUAGGUAUGUUUUGAAAGUCUGGAAUAGUACAUCAUAUAAAAUUUGACUAUGAUUCUAAAGCAGUGGUAACAGUAAUAAAUGACUGAUUAAUGAAUGAAUAAAACAAUUUUCAAUGCCAUGAUGUACCUCUGUGUGACACUGGACAUUUAACUGGCUGUGAGUUUUUAGAAUAGGUUUACCUAAAUGCUCAUAUACCCCUCUACAACCAGUGCUCCUUUAAGCGUUGCUGAAGCCUGACAGUAGUUCUUCCAUGUUCUGGGUUUGGACAUCCUACCUCUCUCCACCAAAAGGGAAGGUCAUGCGUAGAAAAUUGGUGUUUUAACUUGGGACCACUUCAAAAUUAUGAGUUAAUGAGUAACUCCUCAUCAGUACAUCCUAAACAUUGUAUUAUAUCUUACAAAGAUUUCUAACAUCACACUUACAAAAUUUAAUAUUAGGUAUAUGAGCAAUUUUAGGGACUAGAAUUUUACAUAUACUCCCAUUAUUAUUUAAAAAGGGAGAAGAAAGGAAAAAGAAAGUUAGUUUUCAUACUCUUUUUCUCUAUAUUUUAUAGUAAUGUUUACUUUAGAGUAUAAGCUUUAUUUUAGGAGCCAAUAUCCCAAUAUAAGAAGUCUCAUACUAUUUUCUGUCUCUUUAAAUAAAUUUUUUUUCCAAUGGCCACUUAGAUUCAGUUGCAGGCACAGUAUUGCAUUCACAACUAGUUUAAAUCCCAUGACACUAUAAUACAUAGCCGACCCUGAACAACACAUGUUUGAACUGUGCAGGCCCAUUGACAUGCAGAUUUUUUCAAUAAAUGAAUACAGUGCUGUAAAUAUGUUUUCUCUUUUUUAUGAUUUUCUUAAUAUUUUAUUUUCUCUAGGUUACCUUAUUAUAAAAAUAUAGCAUAUAAUGCAUAUAACAUACAAAGUGAGCAUUAAUCAACUGUUUAUGUUCUCAGUUAGGCUUCUAGCCAACAGUAAGCUAUUAAUAGUUAGGUGUGGGGGAGUCAAAAUUUAUACAAGGAUUUCUGACUGUGGGGCCUGAGCGGGUGUCUAUACCCCUGAACCCCCACAUUGUUCAGGGUCAACUGCAUAUAAUAUUGUAAUGACAUUGGUUCUCACUCUACUCAUUUAAAUUUUGUGAUAGUUAAAUUUAGAAAGAAAUAAAAUUGAUCUUGACACUAACUGUAAAAAAUGAAGAAAGUACAUGGGUAUAAAAACCCUGAGGGGUAUGUUAACUAAUGUAAGAAAACAAACUAUUUUCAACCCUUUGGGAACAUAUAUUGUAUAAGAAAAAUGGUAUUUAUUAAUGUGAAAGCAUUUGGUUGAGAAUUAGUUACUCCAUGGAUUUGGAGAUAAUAUAUUUGUACUGAAAAUACUAAAGUAUUCUUCCAUUACUUCCUGUAGGUUUUUUUUUUUCUAUAUAGCACAAUUUAAUGAGAUUCCAGGGCAUAUUUUUAUUCCCUUGUGUUUUUGGAAAACAAUAUUGAAAUUUUAAAUGAAUCACCUUUAAGUCAUUUUACUUUACAUUUUACUUUACAGGUCAUAUUUUAUGUUUUUUUUAAUUAGUGGUAUUUACUAAUUUUGAAAUUAACUUUAAUAUGUGACUAAAUUAUUUCUGAACUUUUGGAGGCUUUAUUUUAAAAGACUUAUUUGUAAGUGAAUUGGUGCACUAAAUUACAGUUUCCUUACUCAAAGUCAGUAGUAGUUAUUUCAUUAACAUGUAAAUGUUUUAACCAACUUGCUGAAUGAAUUUUUAGGUGCUCUGCUAACAUAUAAAGGCAAAGAGCUUUGAAAUGGUUUAGGAUGAUCUGAACUUGAUUAAGAAAAUAUUCUGUACUCUACUAAGUUUUUGAAGUUUUACUGACGAGCCUCAGGAUGCCUGACCCCGCAGGAAGCUGAAGAGGCGGGGCAAGUUAGGAGAGGGGGCUGCGCCAAGCACGGGCUCAGGCUGAUUCCGUUGUAUGUAAUGGCCACAGUUUUCUUAGGUGCUGCAGUUCCAUAAAUGUUGCUGGUUAGACUUUGGUUUUAGAAAAAUGUCACUACUUCAAAGGUACCUUGAGCAGUGAUCCCGGAGUUCAUGCUGCCAGGUUGCGCAUGCGGGGAAGAUUGCUCAGCCUGUGCCUCCUCCAUCUGUCCUUACACAGACACGUGGCCCGCUUCACUCAGGACGGCUGGCCUCUCUCACUGAGAAGAAACGCCCGAGGUCUACUAAGUCUACUAGUGUAUAUAAAAUGCAUUUUAUAUACAUUUAUAUUCACUGCUUUUCAUUUUUUAUAGUGACACAUAGAAAUUAGAUUCUUUUGUUUUGUAUGACGAUACGAUAGAAGGAGUUGUUCAGUGUAUUGCAUGUCUGCUCUGUAGACGUCAGAGCUGUCUCCAUGUACAGUAAGACCUCCUGGUACAGCAUCUUUUUGCUCACAGACAGUAGUUUGCCACUCAGCCUGGAAUCUAUUUACCCAACUUUGCUGCCCAGAAGAAGUAGCUGAUUAAAUAAAAGUGUUGAGUUUUUAAAUGAUAUCUCUACUAGAAGUAGAAAGCUUUGUAAUUUGUAGUUAAUUUUGGUUGUAAAUAACUGAAUAAAUGCCACUCACUUGUGUAUUCAUUCAACAAAUGUGCUUGAGAUCACUGCAGGAGGCAGAGCACCUGGGCUUUAUUUAUGUGUUGGAUGUGUUUGGUCAACACCUUCUCAGUGUCUCUUCUGUGUUAAUGAUGGCCUAUGUUUGUUACUUGAAAUAACAUUAUUUGUAAUGCAAACCUAUUCUAAUACCAUUGAGGUAUAUAUACUGUAUUAAGUGGAGAACAUUAAGUUGAUAAAAUGCUGUAGAAAACAUACAUUUAAAUUUGAAUACCUAAUGCUUCAAGCAAAUUUGUUAGAGUUUCAGAGGAAUAUAUAUUUUUGUUACUGCUAAGUAAAAUGAGUAGAACGUAGCUUUUGCUUAAAAGUAUUUUUGUAAGUAUUCAUUUACACAGUAUUCAUUAUUUUAAAUAUUAAAAUUGGGCCUAUAAAUAAUAAUUCUUUUAAAUGUAUCCAUAUUUAACAAUGUAUAACAUCCAAAUUAUAAUGACAAAUUUCAUCCAAAGGUGUUAUUCAAGUACUCUGUUCUUUUGCUUGUAAAAUAUACAUGUAACAUAGUUUCAAUCACUCAGCAUUUUGUGUAUGGUUAAAUUUAUCAAAGUGUAUUAUGUAUUUUAUGUCAUUUUUAUUUGCGUAAAACAUUAGAAUAGUAACCUUGUAUCAUAAAUGCCAAUAACAAUAAAGUAUA